AGAAGGGUCGGCUGCCCAAAACACAAGUCACUGCAGUAACAGAGAGCUCAGAUGGGACCAAAACGUUGUUGAAUGUUAGUGCGAAACAUUACGGUGAUAUUUGGAGAUGCUGUCAUAAAGUUGGGAUAUUUUCUGGUUUGUUGAUGUAAAUACACGAAAACAAAAGAAAGAAAGAGACAAAAACACACCAUGGGGCAGCUGUUCUCAACUGAAGAAGAAAUUUCUCAAGUGAAGGCCGCUAUUGGCUCUCUCCUCUACGAUGCCAUGCUGGAAGAUGGUGCAGUACCUGACCUGGGAGUCGUCCACCCGCUCCUUUUAGCCAGUCAUGAUGACAGCUCUGUCUCCCAGGACCGCCUCCAGGAACAACUGCAGCAGUUGCAGAACGACAUUGGGACCAAAGCGCCCACCUACCUGAGGGACCUGAUUAGUCGAUUGUCAACUUUCUCAGAUGAGCCACGCUUGGCGGGCUUGGUGGGAUUAGUGGUUUCUAUGGUUAUGGAUAUGGCAUAUACGUCAGCAAAACAGUCGGGUGUUAAAGGGAAGUCAGCAGGAUCAUCGUCAUGCCAGCAGAGAGUCUGGGAGCUUCAGGAGGGGAUGGAGGAAUACCUGAAGCGCUGUAGGAUCAGCUUGAAUGAUAAAAGCAGGCUGAUCCAGGAUGCUGUCAGACUUGAGGCCCGGCUCAGCCUCACCCUCACCCAGCUGAAGACGUGUCUGCUAGGGGGAGAUUGUGACUCCAGGUCUUUGAGACACUGGGCCAGCGGAGCAUCCUUUCACACCCAAAUGUUGGUUCACCUGGCUCGCCUUGAGGGCAAGGCUGAGCCCCUGUCUGCAAGGGCAGCACUGCAGCAAUACAAAGAAGACUGCAAACCCGUCACUCUCCACUUUCCUCAUUCCAGGCGUUAUAAGUGUAAAACAGUGUGUGUUGUAAAAUGUCGAGGGAGUCUUCCUGCAGCAUCUGACCCCUGCAGUGAGGUGCCAGAAGAAGGCACCAUGACUGGACUCACUGUGACCGACAGAGAGACAGGAAAGAGUGUGACCAUCCCUCUGUCCACCAUAGAGACUGAGACAGAGAAAAGAAGGAGAGUCUCUGGGCUUGAUACAUCCUCUACAACAGUGCCCUCCUCAAUUAACCUGGAUCUGAUCACCUCGGAUCAGUACACUCAGGCAUACUUGGAUCACCUGUUCUCUGCUAAGGGUCCUGUGGCAGAGCUGGAAAACUACUUUAACAAGGCUAGUGAGAGACUGAGAGUGCUAACAACUGAACUGGGAUGUAAAAGCAAGGCAGGGGUGGCUAAUGGAAUCGAAAAAAGUGAAGGAGUGCAUCUUAAAGACCAGGCUGAAGGAACAGAUGAAGUACAAAUAGUGGAAAAGGUGAUGAUGGAAAGGAGAGGAAGACAGGGAGAGGAACAUUUGAAACUCAGUAUUGUAGAAUCACAGCUAGAGCAAAGCCUUAAUUCCAGUCAGCACAGUGCUACAAACCCAUGAAAGUGCAACAGCCAUAUGACUUUUAGAAGUAUGCAUGCUUCUGUUCCAAAACUUGCCUUUUUGAGUGCUUUAAUGCUCUCAUGCCAACAAACAAGACUACAUUAAGUGCACUACAAAAACAACUGACCACUGAACACAGCUCAACCUCAAUGCUCAUCGUCCUGUUUCUGUAGUUGAAGCAGAGGGGCCAUCAGCCAAAUUUCAGCCAGAAGGAUGAAGGAAGGAUGGUACCUAGUAGUACACUUGGAAAUGUACCAACACAAAGAUCUGAAUUGAGAUCCUUGAGAAGAUUUCAGUCCAAUAAUGCUGAUAAUCAAAAUUCUGCGAUCAUGGCAUCAUAAAAUAACCCAUUAUGUAUCGUUCUUAAGUUAUUUUAAUUUAUUUAGAUAAAAAAAUAUUGCUUAAGCAAAAUGUAAGUUCCACAGACUUGUCUGCAGUGCUGUGAACCACGCAAAGUUCAGCAGCCUUGACUGAAUAUGAGCUUUGAAUCUUUUUGUCUGUUGUUGAAUUGGAUUUUCUUUGUGUAGAUACCCUCUUUAAUGGGUCACCUUUUGUCUGUGAACAGUAAUAAAUAAUUGAUUGCAAAAA